AAUCAAAACAAAGUGUUUUUUUUUUUGUACAACCAAAAGACCGAGCAAGCACCGAGUGUUUCGUGUUCCGUUUCUCGAACUGAAUUCAGGUGCCGCGAUGUCGAAAGUCGUUCGUCGUGAUAUUUCUCCGUUGCUGCAGGAGCUGCGCAAUUUCCUGCUUGGCCGUAAGCAUACCAACGCUCUGCGCUUCGAGGACGGUAUUGCGGCCCGCACUCAACCGCCACCGAAUUUGCCCGAUGGACCGGCCCACAAGUUGUCCGCUAAUCACUAUGUGAUCCGUGAUGCUCGCCGUGAGGUAGCUCCACCAAUCGAUCUUACCUCGCAGAAGCUGCUGGCCGAAAAGGGAGCGAGUGCAAAAUUACCAACGCCGGGAAAAUCCUACGGUUGGGACCAACAUUAAACACGCAUGGACAAGGACCAUCGAUGCGCGGCUUAUAGACAUAAACUCGUGUACAUGAACUGCAAAAAGAGGUAGAGUAAUAAAACAAAAUUUGCGUUUUCCAAAGGAGAA